AUGUCAACAUCGGUGCCAGCGAAAUUGCAGUUAGCAGCAACAUUAUCCCUUUUAGCCGGCGGGAGCUUUCAGUACGUAGUUGGUAAUGACUAUUUAAUUGGUAUGAGUCAAAGUACUAUUUGUAAGUAUGUUGACAACUGUGUGAAGGAAUUGGAGGACAAACUGUGUCCAUCGUUCAUUAAUUUUGACCCGGAAAACUCGUAUGAAUGUAUGGAUGCAUUCAUGAAGAAAUAUAAGAUUCCCGGAGUCAUUGGUUGCGUUGAUGGCACACACUUUGGACUUCAAAGACCAGCGUCCAAUGAACAUAUGUUCUUUAAUAGGAAAGGGUUUCAUAGUCUCAACUCAAUGGUGAUUUGUGACCACGAGCAUAAAAUUUUGUCCAUCAACUCAAAAUACGGUGGCGCAGCCCAUAACGCAUUCGUCUGGAAACACUCGGAGGAAAGGAAUUUGUUGUCCGAACUUUACAACAAUAAUGUUAAAAAUGUUUGGCUUUUAGGUGACUCGGGGUAUCCAUUGGAACCAUGGUGCAUAACACUAUACAGAAAUCCACCUGAGGGUUCGCUUGAAGCUCAUUUUAACGACGUACAUUCCAAAGGUAGAUGCAUAAUAGAAAGGACAAUAGGAAUUCUGAAAGGACGCUGGAAAAUUCUUAGUAAUAAUAAAAGAAGUCGUUACAGUCCGGAAAAAAUGGCAGCUUUUGGAAAUGUGUGUGCUGCGUUACAUAAUGUAUGCAUAAAAUUUAAUGUUCCUAAAUACGCAAAUGUUGAAGAGAGUGGAACAAUUCAACAUAAUUUUAAUAUUGAAAAUGAAACCAAUUUAACAAAAAUUGGUCAUAAAAUAUAUUUGCCACCAUUGCCAUUGAUCACCAGUGUCAAAGUGCCAUCUAAGGUCGAAAAACAAAACUAA